AGUGUGCUUUAGAGAACCUCAUUUUUUGUACCUAAAUCAACGAAUGAGAUGCACGGAAGCAGCCAGCUUACUUUGACCUUGGCUUUGGCCUUCAUGCUCAUCUGCUUGGGAUGCAAUCACGCCCUAGCCCAGGACGAACUCUUCCGGUGCAGUGUGCAGUACAAAUGCUCGGAUGUGAAAGAGUUGGUUUGGGCCAUGGCCGACGAACGUUGCCAUGUCUUUCACAACAAUUGUCUGCUGAAGGUCGAGCAGUGCGCACGAAAAAACAGCGGAAAAUCGGAGCUGAUUGAAACCACGCGGGAGAUCUGCAAACCCAGUUGCACCAAGGAUUGUCCGGAUAUCUUUGACCCAGUGUGUGCGCAAAUCUUCCAGGAGGAGUACUUGACUUUUAGUAACGAUUGCGAAAUGCGAAACUAUAUUUGCACAAAUGAGAGGCCUUACUCAUUUAUUUCCGUCGGCGAAUGCGUGGAACAGCCAGUUGGUUAGGUCUAUAUAACAGACUUGGUUAUAAGAUAUAGAAAGAUAUAAAUCUAAAAUAAUGGCUAUGAAACUUACAAAUUGUAAAAUAACAACUUAAAUUAGAUUUUGAAGGACAUAACACGUACAAUUCACUCCCUAAAUGCGAUUUAACCCACUUUUUUUUUUUGAGGUGCCUUGACCAAAAACAGGAUCUGCAAACCAGCUACAGAAAAAAUAAAAUAAAAUGAAUAUAAAAAUAAAAGCAAAGCUCAG